CUCCCCCUUUCUUCACUUUUAGGACAUGCCUGAUCUUCUUGAGCAGUCCAGCACAAGCUAAUCCAUGAGGUUCAAUCAGGCUAAGUAAUUGGGGAAUGUGUCAACUCUGAAUUACAAUGAGCAGCAGGGAAGGAUUUGUCAGCUGACUAAUCAGGGAUAGUGGUUUUCUUACAGUGCCUGCCACAGUGGUAAUGGAAGCUGCUACAGCUACGGUAGCUUUGUUUGGUAGAGAUUUUUGGCUGCCGCUUUUCAGUACUACCUCAGAAGCAGCUCAUAUUUCAUCAAUGUUGCAUUGACAAUUGGAAAAGAAGAGUGUUAUUGUGUAUAAGCGAGAUGGCAGAAGCAACUCCCCCGAGAGGCAAGAUGAGGUUCAGAAGGAAUGCGACUUCCUUCCCGGGCAACAUACAUUUGGUAUUGGUUCUACGUCCAACCAGUUUUCUUCAAAGGACUUUCACAGACAUUGGAUUUCGAUUUAGUCAGGAGGAUUUCAUGCUCAAACUACCGGUUGUUAUGCUGGGCUCAGUUAGUGAAUUGCUGACAUACAUUGAUGACAAGCAAUUAACCCCUGAGUUAGGCGGCACCUUGCAGUACUGCCACAGUGAAUGGAUCCUCUUCAGAAAUGCUAUAGAAAAUUUUGCCCUCACAGUGAAAGACAUGGCUCAGAUGCUACAGUCCUUUGGAACUGAACUAGCUGAGACAGAACUACCAGAUGAUAUUUCUUCAACAGAAAAACUUCUUGAGAUUCAUGCUGAAAGGUAUCACCUGUUGAAGAAUGAUAUUACAGCUGUAACCAAAGAAGGAAAAAUUCUGCUAACCAAUCUGGAAGUGCCUGACACGGAAGAAGCUGUAAGUUCAAGAUUUGAACCUCAUGAGCAAACAGGUGGUGAUUGGCAAACUAUCAAUAAAUUGCUGGCUCAAGUACAUGAUAUGGAAAUUGCUUUUGAUGGAUUUUGGGAAAAACACCAACUAAAAAUGGAGCAGUAUCUGCAACUAUGGAAAUUUGAGCAGGAUUUUCAAGAGCUCAUACGUGAAAUUGAACUUCUAUUAACCAAACAAGCAGAGCUAGCAGAUGUCACAGGGAAUAUACUUCAAGUAAAACAAAAAAUAAAGCAGUUGGAAAAGUUAGAUGAAAAGUCUAAGGAUCUGUUGAGAAAGGCCCAGCUUGUGAUUUUACAUGGACACAAACUUGCAGCAAAUCACCAUUACGCACUUGAUUUGAUCUGCCAGAGGUGCAACGAGCUACGUUAUCUUUCUGAUAUUUUGGUUAGUGAGAUCAAAGCCAAAUGGAUACAGCUCAGCAGGACCUUAAAAAUGCAUAAACUCCUACAGCAGGCUCGUCAGUGCUGUGAUGAAGGAGAAUAUAUUCUAGCUAAUCAGGAGAUAGACAAGUUUCAGUCUAAAGAAGAUGCUCAGAAAACCCGCCAAGAUAUCGAACAUUUUCUUGAAACGGCUCUGCCCUUUAUAAAUUGUGAUCCUAAAACCCUACAGUAUGAAUUUGAUGUAAUUUUAUCUCCUGAACUCAAGAUUCAAAUGCAGACCAUUCAACUCAAGCUUGAGAGCAUUCGAAAUAUAUUUGAGAACCAACAAGCCGGUUUCAAGAACCUGGAAGAUAAGUGUGUGAGGCCAGUCCAGCUUGGGGCAUCUGCUUGCAGCAAAGUGUUCCGAUCUAAAACAUUUAUUUUACCUAAACCUGGGAAGAAGAUUUGGAAACAAAGUCAGAGGAACUUAAAAAUUGAAGUGUUGCAUGACUGUCUGGAGAAGACAAGUUCUGUUCCAUCCUCCAGUUUGGACAGUAACAGUAGCUUGGAUAUUUUAAAGAACCAUGUCCUGAAUGAGCUGAUACAGACUGAGAAGGUGUAUGUUUGCGAGCUGUUUACUGUUUUGUUGGGCUAUAGAGCGGAGAUGGACAAUCCAGAGAUGUUUGAUCUUAUGCCACCUCUCCUGAGAAAUAAAAAGGAUGUUCUCUUUGGAAAUAUGGCAGAAAUAUAUGAAUUCCAUAACAACCUUUUCAUGAGCAGUCUGGAAAAUUGCAUUGAUGCUCCAGAAAGAGUGGGACUUUGUUUCCUGGAAAGGAAAGCUGAUUUUCAGAUGUAUGAAAAGUAUUGUCAGAAUAAGCCCAGAUCAGAGGCAGUGUGGAAGAAGUAUUCAGAGUGUGCCUUUUUCCAGGAAUGCCAAAGAAAAUUAAAACACAGACUUGGUCUGGACUCCUAUUUACUCAAACCAGUGCAACGACUCACUAAAUAUCAGUUAUUGUUAAAAGAAUUAUUAAAAUAUAGCAAAGACUCUGAAGGAUAUGAACAAUUAAAGGAGGCACUUGACACGAUGCUGGAUUUACUCAAGUCAGUUAAUGACUCUAUGCAUCAGAUUGCAAUAAAUGGCUAUAUUGGAAACUUAAAUGAUCUGGGAAAGAUGAUAAUACAGGGUGCAUUCAGUGUUUGGAUUGGACACAAAAAAGGCACUACAAAAAUGAAGGAUUUUGCUAGAUUCAAACCAAUGCAGCGGCACCUUUUCUUGUAUGAAAAAGCCAUUGUUUUUUGUAAAAGGCGUGUUGAAAGUGGAGAAGGUUCCCUCAAAUACCCGUCAUACAGUUUUAAGCACUCCUUAAAAAUGGAAGAAGUUGGAAUCACUGAACAUGUAAAAGGAGAUAACCGCAAGUUUGAAAUCUGGUAUGGUGGGAAAGAAGAAAUUUAUAUUGUCCAGGCUUCGAAUAUAGAUAUGAAGAUGAUAUGGUUAAAAGAAAUAAGAAGUAUUUUGUUGAAGCAACAAGAACUUAUGACAGUUAAACAUCAAGAGCAGUACAAUCAGUUACAUGAAGACGGCCAACUCUCUUCUCCGCAGAAUGAUGAAGGGCAUCAGGGGGCUUUUAUAGGCCCCCAGGAAACUGAACCAGAGCACACCAGCACUGUGGUUGGGGUCUGUAAGGCAGUCCCGGCAGUUCAGGCAGAAGCCAGUACAGAAAUCUCUGAAGGACCUGAGCCAUGGGUAAACGACUAUUUCUACUCUUCCUAUGUUGACAAUGAAGAAGAAAGGCCCCUAAUGCCUCCAGACAAAUAUAAAGCCCUAGCAGAUUGCAGGAAUAGAGGCUCAGAAGACCUCCUGAUUAGAAAUGGAGAUGUCAUUCAGCUUCUCCAUGAGGAUGUUGAGGGUCAAUGGUUGGUGAAAAAUCUAAGCAGAAGAAAAAAAUGCCUGAUUCCAGGGAACAGUUUGCAGAUUUUAAUCGGUGACUAUAGGUUUCGGAAUGCCAGAGUUACAGAUGCUGCUCUGAGUAACUCAAGGAAACUAACUUCCCCUUGAAUUAAAGGAGAAUGAAUAGACUUGUAAAAUUAAGAUUUCCUUUGGAGGUGUGAACUAGAUUAUAUUUCGUAAAAGUGUUACAGUAAACAGCACAAGAGUCAGGAUGAUCCUGUGCUGCCCAUGACAUUCACAGAAUCUCCUCAAGACUGAGGUGGACUUCAUCAUUCACAGUUUGUCUCAUUUUUGCAAGAAGCAUCUUCACACCUUCCAUUCCCCGCAGGUGAAAAAAUGCAGUAUUUGUUUCCAAGUAGGGUUUUUUUUUUUUAUGGCAUGCAUUCAGAUUCUAUCUAAAAAAAUUGGAGAUGAAUUAGUUUGAACAUUUAUAGAUAAAAGACUACCUGUAGUUUUGUUGGUAACUUCAGGAACAAAACAAAAAUCCAAAGAGAGAGGAGAGAGAAUCAGAAAUUUUAAACUACCUUGUUAAGUCAUAGUUUAUUAUUUAAUUCUGUUACCUAUGUGACUAAAACACCAAAGGGAGAUGUUCUGAAGGACCUCUUUUGCACUUUUGGCUGGUAUUUAAGGUUUUCAGAGCUGUCUUAUAGUUUUAAAAAGAUCCAAAGCUAAAAGUCCUGUAGUUAGGAUGUGUUGAAGUUUACAUUUUAUGCAUUGCAAUUUAAUUUAGAUACACCUGUCACAGCUUUAAGUUAAAUAUUCAUGUAUGCACAAGAGGUGUUCCUGUAACGACGCCCUACUUUCCAGUGUCUUUACUUGCUUUUGAAUUUUCUGGAAAAAUAUCUGUUGUAGUAAAGGUUUUCUUAUGUUGUGUUUCUUUCUAGGUUUGUUUUUUUGUUAAAAUAAUACAUGUAUAGAUGUCUUUCUUUUAUGUAUGUAUACAGUGUGAUGACUUGUUUUAAAGUGCAGGGCCAGCUGUUGCAUGCAGUAUUGAAUUGAUGCUUGGAGUAGUUUAUAUCAAGUCCACUGAAGACAGUGGUUUGAAAUUGCUGCCUUUUGAAUCAUGGAUUAUGCAUUUUGUUAUCAAGUUGGCAUAUUAGGUGCAUGUUUUUUGAUGAAAUGUGUUACAAUAAACACUUCAAUAACUAUAUAAUACAAAAAUAUUUUAUCUUUUAAUUAGGUUUGUGUGUCAUAUCAAGAUCAUAGUUUAUGCCAAUGGUAUCAUUUGAUGUAACAAUUUGUAUGGCAAACCAGUUGUAUUUUGUUCAAAGAUACCUGGAAAUUAUAAAUCUUCUCAUGUACACUUGCUGGAAUUUAUGAUGGUUGAUUUAUGAGUCACUCAUGAAAAUGCCCAUAUAUUUGAUAUUUUACUUAAUGCUUCUGCAAAAAUAACAACAAAAUGAAAUUAAAAUUCAUUUCUUUUGUGUGCUGAUCCUGUGGUUAGAAGACAAUUAGGAGAUAAAAUUUUUGAAUAACAAUGCCCUUCUGCACAAAAUGUUUUAAUUUCAUGGUAUUAAACUAGGGAUUUUAAUCAUUUAAGACAAUACUGAAUUCUAUAGAUUCAAGAAUAUAGUUAGAGUCUUUUAAUAUUUUAAUCACUGUACAAUGAAUGCUUCAUUUGUAUAUGUAACUGCACUGUAUUCCUUUUAUUGGGCUAUAAGAGUGUUACUAUAAAAUAUAGCAGCAAUUUCCCUUUAAGUCUUCAAAUUUUAAUUACAUUGUAAGUGUACUUACAAUGUAAAUAUACUUGUUUUAAUUCCACAUUAAAAAUGUCCAUCCUUAAAUUCAUUCACAU